GACGUAACUUCUACCAACAACAACCGAGAACGUCAAACGUACCAACAAGACAGCAGAAAGGCAUGCAGGAAGCAGUAGUAAGGAAUGCUGCUGGAACCUAGGAUUCAGCUCGAUGAUGAGCAUUUCCGUAUGACGGUUUUGUGGGGCUUGUAUAAAAUAGCUCGUAGUAUUUUGUCAAGAGCUUACUUAGGUUGGUGGCUACCGUCAAACACAGUGGCAACUGUCUGGCGAACUCACUUCAUAUUGAAAGUUGUGGUGCUUUAGCCGUUUGUCGUCGCGGCGGCGGUGGAAUUGCAGCAGAUUUGCAGAUGGGUCAGGGGUUGUGGAGAGUCGUUAGAAACCAGCAGCUGCAGCAUCAUGGAUAUAAUGAGCAAGGCUACCUGUGCAGAGAACGCUGCAGAAGAAUUGGAGCUGAUGAUGCUAACAUAGCUGGACGAAGGAAUGGUCAAAGUGGGAUUGAUCUUUAUCAACUGUUAAAGGCCAGGAAAACCCGAGAUGAGCAAGGUUUUAUCAACUUAGAAAUGCUGCCUCCUGAACUCAGCUUUACAAUCUUGUCUUAUCUAAAUGCUACUGACCUUUGCUUAGCUUCAUGUGUCUGGCAGGAUUUGGCUAACGAUGAACUCCUUUGGCAAGGGCUGUGCAAAUCCACUUGGGGUCACUGUUCAAUGUACAACAAGAAACACCCGCCUGGGUUCUCUUACAGGCGCCUUUACAUGCAGCUAGAUGAAGGCAGUCUGACAUUUAAUGCCAAUCCUGAUGAAGGCGUGUACUACUUUCUAUCCAGAGGUGUGCUGGAUGAUCUACCAAAGGAGAUUGCAAAGUUCAUUUUUUGCACGAGAACACUAAAUUGGAAGAAGUUACGAAUCUACCUUGACGAAAGGAGAGAUGUCUUGGAUGAGCUUGUAACAUUGCACAAUUUUAGAAAUCAGUUUCUGCCUAAUGCACUGAGAGAAUUCUUCCGACACAUUCAUGCACCUGAGGAACGUGGAGAGUACCUUGAGACACUAAUAACCAAAUUUUCACACAGAUUCUGUGCAUGCAACCCAGAUCUCGUAAGGGAACUUGGUCUUAGCCCAGAAUAG